AUUUUUCCCUUUUUAUCUUCUUCACGCGUUAUUAUAUUUUUGUCCCCUUAUUUGUGGUCUCCCACUAUAUAAUAUCCUCCAUUUUCCUUUCUUCAUCCUCAGAUGCAGACUCCAAUUUCAUAAAAAUUGUUCUCUGCAUCUGUUUUUUUUUUUUUUCUUAACAUCUUUUGGAUCAUUUUCCGAUUAGUUGAGUCACAUUUUGCUCGUAUUUUAUAGCACCAAUCAUGCCAUUGGAGGAGGAGUUGUUCCCGUCAACACCGGGGAAAUUUAAGGAUCGAAACAGACAUGUGCAUCGUUGUUUUGCAUCAACAAGUACAAUUUUUCUAUGGGCAUUGUUUCUGAUAGCAAUAACAGCUUCGUAUUUGUGCUUCCGAUCAUUGGUGGAUGGAGGCAAUCAGUAUUUCUCGAAACAUAAUUGGUCGAAACAGAUAUUCGAAUCAGCUAAGAUCCGUCGUACACAUGGCAUGUCUGUAUUGGUUACAGGCGCUGCAGGUUUCGUUGGGUCCCACGUAUCCAUCGCCUUGAAAAAACGAGGCGAUGGAGUCGUAGGACUUGAUAAUUUCAACGAUUAUUACGACGUGUCUUUGAAGAAAGCGCGGAAGAAUCUCCUCAGCGAAAAUUCCGUCUUCAUUGUUGAAGGGGAUAUAAAUGAUAUGAAGUUGCUCGUUAGGCUUUUCGAAAUCGCUAAAUUUACACAUGUCAUGCAUCUAGCGGCUCAGGCUGGGGUGCGUUAUGCGAUGGAAAAUCCGAAUUCUUAUAUUCAUAGUAAUAUAGCGGGACUAGUUACGUUGCUCGAGGUUUGCAAAAAUGUACCUAUACAACCCGCGGUUGUAUGGGCGAGCUCUAGUUCUGUUUACGGGUUAAAUGAAAAAGUACCUUUCUCGGAAUCGGAUCGUACUGAUCAACCUGCUUCGUUAUACGCAGCUACGAAGAAAGCGGGCGAGGAAAUUACACAUACGUAUAAUCAUAUAUACGGGCUUUCAAUAACGGGCUUGAGGUUUUUUACGGUAUACGGGCCGUGGGGAAGGCCCGAUAUGGCGUAUUUUAGUUUUACUCGAAAUAUAUUACAAGGGAAGCCCAUUACGAUUUAUCGGGCCAAGAAUCGGGUCGAUUUGGCCCGAGAUUUUACCUACAUUGAUGAUGUUGUAAAAGGUUGUAUAGGGUCACUUGAUACAUCGGGUAAAAGUACCGGGUCGGGUGGGAAGAAACGGGGGCCCGCUCCGUAUCGGAUUUUUAAUUUGGGUAAUACUUCCCCUGUAACGGUUCCGAUGAUGGUUGGUAUGUUGGAGAAGAAUUUAAAGGUUAAAGCAAAGAAGAAUUUCGUCGUAAUGCCCGGAAACGGCGACGUUCCAUUUACGCAUGCGAAUAUAACUUCGGCCCGAAAAGCAUUCGGGUAUAAGCCCGCAACCGAUUUGCAAACCGGGUUGAAAAAAUUCGUUAGAUGGUAUCUCUCCUAUUAUGGCUAUAAUCAAGGAAAGUUGUAAAAUAAU